UGUUAUCUAUUAUGCUACUACGACCUUAUCAAUCAAUCAGUGAUAUUUUAUUUAUUAUGCUCAUAAAAUUCAUUCUAUAAUUUUCAAUCAAAAUUAUUUGAUCCGUUUGUUGUAAAAAAUUUUGUCAAAAUGAAAUAUUCUCUAUUUUUAGUUGUUUUAUAUGUUUCAUACAUCAGUGCAUGUAGUAGAUGUUCAUACACCAGUGCAUGUAGUACAUGUUCAUCAUAUUCAUCAUCAUGUAGACACCACUGUCCCAACAACUCCCGAGGUAUUCAAUUUAGAAGUUUCAAUUACUGGAAAUCAGCACCAAUUGGAAGCUGUAUGACAUGCAGGUGUCUUCGAGAUCAAAGAGUCGAGUGUUUAACAUGCACUUCGAAAUGUAUUAGUCCCGGUAGUUCAUGUUACAUAUCUAAAGAUAACAGUUUGCAGUAUCCAGAGUGUUGUCCAAAAAUCGUGUGCCCUAAAAAACACAAUUAUGGAUAAUUAAUUUUGUUUGUGUUUAAGUAGAAACUUUAAUAAAUGUAUAUAUUUUAAUAGGAACUUUAAUAAAUAUAUGACUUUGUAUCAAAUAUUUGCUACAAUUUAUUGAUAGGGUUGAUCAAUGAAUUUCUUUGAAUCUUUAGGAAUGAGGAUGAAUCUUUAGGAUGAUCUCUUUGACGUCUUUACCAAAAGUUUAAAUUGAGCCUCAAUGUUUAAAAUUUUUAUUAAUUUAAAUUUCACCACAGAAACCAUUGACCUUUUCAGGACGUCAAAAAAUUUCCGGAUGCAUGGUUUGAAAUGUAAAUACAGCACCUAUUUUAUAUUUAUAAUAAAUGUUUUGUCUUUAUGGUUGAAUUUUUCAGGUUAGUAUUGAUUGCAUCUUGAAAUUUUGUAUUCAGCUUUUCAUUCUGUUAAAAUCAAAGACAGAAUGUUGGAAUGAAAAUUCAACCCAAUAUUAAAAAGGUAUACAAUAAGAAUGAGGAUGGCACCCAGGUUUGAUCGGGAGACUCCCGAAAUUGCGUUUUUUCUUCCGAGUUCAGUUAAAAAUGAAAUUUUAAGCAUUUUUAAUUUCGCUCACACGUUUUUGAUGAACUAGAACUAUUCAUUGAAAGUUGAGCUAUUAUGACGUGCU